CCCUGUGUUCUCCAAAGUCUUCACUGUCGACUACUACUUCGAGGAAGUGCAGAAGCUGCGCUUCGAGGUGUAUGACACCCACGGGGCCUGUGAGACCAGCUUCCAGGAUGACGACUUCCUGGGGGGCAUGGAGUGCACCUUGGGGCAGAUUGUGGCUCAGAAGAAAAUGACACGGGCAUUGCUGCUGAAGUUCGGCAGAAACGCUGGCAAGUCCACCAUCACGGUGAUCGCUGAGGACAUCUCUGGGAACCAUGGCUACGUGGAGCUCUCCUUCCAGGCCAAGAAGCUGGACGAUAAGGACCUCUUCAGCAAGUCGGACCCCUUUCUGGAGCUGUAUCGGGUCAACGAUGAUGGAAGUGAGCAGCUGGUGUACAGGACGGAGGUGGUGAAGAACAACCUCAGCCCCGUGUGGGAGCCCUUCAGAGUGUCCCUCAAUUCCCUGUGCAGCUCCAAGGAGACCCGCUCGCUGAAGUGCCUGGUGUGGGAUUAUGACUCCCGAGGGAAGCAUGACUUCAUCGGGGACUUCACCACCACCUUCGCGGAGAUGCAGAAGGCCUUCCAGGAGAACCAGGCCCAGUGGGAGUGUGUGAACGCCAAGUACAGGCAAAAGAAGCGCAAUUACAAGAACUCCGGCGUGGUGAUCCUGGCAGACCUGAAGCUCCACAGGGUCCACUCCUUCCUGGACUACAUCAUGGGCGGCUGUCAGAUCCACUGCACCGUGGCUAUUGAUUUCACGGCCUCCAACGGCGACCCGCGGAACAGCUGCUCCCUGCACCACAUCAACCCCUACCAGCCCAACGAGUACCUGCAGGCACUGGUGGCCGUGGGCGAGGUCUGCCAGGACUACGACAGCGACAAGAGGUUUUCUGCUCUGGGGUUUGGAGCCCGAAUCCCUCCGACGUAUGAGGUGUCCCAUGACUUCGCCAUCAACUUCAACCCCGAGGAUGACGAGUGUGAAGGAAUCCAGGGGGUGGUAGAGGCCUACCAGAACUGCCUGCCCAAGGUCCAGCUCUACGGCCCCACCAACGUGGCCCCCAUCAUCACCAAGGUGGCCCGCAUGGCCGCCACUGAGGAGCACACCGGGGAGGCCUCCCAAUACUACAUCCUGCUGAUCCUGACGGACGGCGUGGUGACCGACAUGUCUGACACGCGGGAGGCCAUUGUGCGGGCCUCGCACCUGCCCAUGUCCAUCAUCAUCGUGGGGGUGGGCAACGCCGACUUCACCGACAUGCAGGUCCUGGAUGGGGAUGACGGCGUGCUGCGCUCACCCCGGGGCGAGCCCGCGCUCCGGGACAUCGUGCAGUUUGUGCCGUUCCGCGAGCUGAAGAACGCCUCCCCAGCGGCUCUGGCCAAGUGCGUGCUGGCGGAGGUGCCCAAGCAGGUGGUGGAGUACUACAGCCACAAGCAGCUGCCGCCUCGAAGCCUCGGUGCCCACGCGGGAGACGCCAGCCCCGGUCCCGCCUCCUGAG